AUCUAGCUAUUUGUGAAUCCUCAAAAAGAUAAGGGAGAUAAAAUAGAAAAGAAAUCCAAGCAAAUAAAAAUAUUAAAAUUUCAUUCAAACAAAAUUAAAGAAAAAUUAAAUAAAUUAAUUUUUAUGAAAUCAACCCUGCGCGAGAGUAUUUGUGAAAAAUUCAGUUACGAAUAAAAAAAAUUGUGUGACCAGCUGCUGAUGAAAUUGAAUCACUUGAUGAAAUUUCGUGUUUUUGUUGUAAUAUCACAAAUAUCCUAAAUGGCUUUCAGUGCUCGUGAAGAACCCUACAAAGAUUUUCUGUUCGUUGAACGUUUGUAAUUAGUUUUCUUUGUUCUUGGUCGGUUGUCAAGUCCUGAAAAUAAAAUAAAAAUUCCAGAAGAAUUCAGAAGCCAAGUGGAGUGAAGUGAAGAUUAAUUAACAAUUACUAAUUAACAAUUGUCUCUUUUUUGAAUACUGCACUCGGUAUUGUUUUUGGUGAAGCAUACUUUGAGGCACCCCAUUAAAUUUCCUUAUCAAAGAAAAUACAAUCACGUGCAUUUGUUUUGUGUGAGUGUGUGUAACGCGACGUAAACAGGAGAGUUUCGCUUUAAGCGUCACACGUGCCACUUCUUGUAUUAUGUUGGCUGACAGCACAUUUUAUUGUAUGCCAGUAUCAGCCACAACUGUAACCGUUUCUACCUCAGCAACAGCAGUGUCUCAACACGUUCGACGACAUUUGUUGCCAAACAACUCAACCGCGAACAUUUACCGGUGUGGUGCUGCUAUGCAUCAACAUUCAAUGCAUCAAACUAUCCAAAACGCAAACCAUUUGCAUCGCCAGAGCAACGUUGCCGCGAUUCGUUGGCAUUCUCAUUUGAAUAACUGUACAAACAUUAAUAAAAAGUUUAUGUUGGGCGAUCGCCGUAACUGCAACACGAUCGCGGUAUUGUCCAAAAUUAUUUUGUGUAAAAAUAUUAUUUGUUUUAAACGUAUCGAGCAACGAAAAGUUAUUGGCGGUUUUAAGGGUAGCGGCGGUCGCCAUCUAACCAACAAAGGUGUACCAAUGAAAUUGUACAUGACGAUGUCAUCAAUGUUCGACAACAUGAUGCUCGUUUGAGGGAAAGCUGUGUCUAAGACUCUUUAAAGAGCAAGUUUAGAGGUUCCCUUACAAUUUCAUUGUUUCUUUCCAACGGUGAAUUAAAACCAAGAUCAAAAUGGCAUUCAGCGUCGAAGUCCAAUCUAGCCUAUCACGGCCACAAGCCCACAACAACACCACCACCAACACAAACCAAUCAAAUCAAUCACGUUACAACAACAAGGUCGUACUCCCCAUCUACUAUUAUACUGAAGCGGGAGUCCAAUCCGUUGUCCAAGUGCAAGACAGUGCAAACGAUUACGAUAACCACAAGCUCCGAAAGUCCAGAAAGUAUAAUCUUGAUGAUACAGGAACCACCUUACCACCCCCAACGACAACAAACGGGCAUAAGCGAGAAAUCAAUCCCAACAACAUUAUUGAGUCAGGAUCAAUCCCCAUUGAUGACAACGAAAACAAAUUUGGUGAAGAGACCUUGUAUGAUUUCGAAUACACCAGAGAAAACUGCAACAACAGCAACCACAACCGUUCUGAAAAUUCCCAAACAAUCUUCGAAACCAAGAAUAUUUUUGCUUACCAGGCCUGCGAAUUUACCAUUGGUUCGGAAGAUUAUACCCCAAACAGUGGAAGCCCACCAGAAAGAGUUGAAUCCGGAGUCACCCCACCUCCUAGAAACGACGAAGGUGAAACAGAAACGAGAUAUAACGAAAAUCAUAAAAAUCAAACAGGCGAAUCAACGCCACCCCCUGAAACUAGAAAGUAUUCGGAAAAUACCCGUGAACCAGGUUGCGACCCACCAAUACCAGGUUCAGCAGUUUAUGCGCAGAUCAUACGAAAGCAAGUCACCAGAUUCUUUGCAAACUCAAAGCAAGUCUUUGAAUCCAACACUACUACCACGCCAGAGCGUCAAGUCCAAUAUAACAACCACAACAGCAACAAUACAAACAACAAACAAUACAGUACCAGCUGCGACCAGCUAUUCGAACAAGUCGAACCUAAAACAAGUGGUAAUCGGCAAGAAGCCAUCGUCGACUUUGGCAUCGAUGGCCGGCAUAGAGUUGACAGGUGCCGAUAUGUUGUCCCCUACAGCAGCGGAUAUGAGUGGAGCAAUGCCGCCUACUGCUACAGUUGAAGAGAUAAAUGUUCCGGUAUUCAUAGAUGAAUACCUACAAGAAGCCGCAAUAUCGACUUUGUCUGCAACAUCAGGAACAUCAGUUACAACGCAAAAUAUUAAUAUCAACAACAACAAUAAUAACCAUCACAACAACAACGGAAAUAAUUGUAACAACAGCAAGGAGGCGGUUAGCAUCGAUGAAAUAAAUCAGCAAACCGGCUUCGGUGUUGAGACCUUUGAUGAAAAUUUUGAAUUCGAUAUUGAAUUGUUGACGGAAACUACUAGCAAGGAUCAGGACAAAGAGAAGUUAUUAGAGCAGGCUUAUCAACAGCCAACACAACAGCAGCAGCAGCAACAACAAACACCAUUAAAUCUCUUACUUACAACAAGUGGCGGAGUGAACCACAUAAAUAAUUUUGAAAAGAAUCAAGAAGGAGUCGACGUAGAAGAACAACAAAAGCAACAGUUACAAUCUAUACUGGAUGAAAUAUUAUUUGGCAACAGUCCAAGUUGCAGUAACAACAACAACAUUACUAUUACUAACAACAACAACAAUUCCAACACUAUUCCAAUGGCGGUCAAUAAUCUAGCUGACAUUUGCAACAACCACAACAACAUGUACGAUGAAAAUGGCAUCUUCGAUUUGGCCCCAAAUAGCCAAAAUUUAAACAAUGAUGACUUAGAUUUGGACAUUUUGAAUCCAUCUUUUGAAAAUGCUGUUGAUAUUCAUGACAUCAAGAAUGAAGACUUUCCCUAUAUAAUGGAUUGUAAUGGAGCUGAAAACAGUGAAUCAAUUUGCAAUUUUGACGAUCCAAUGUUUUGCGGCUCGUUGGUAAUGUCAUCACAAUCAUCGCAGUUGACAAGAACCCAUUCGAGUGUGGCCGAAUUGUCUCAAGAGAUCAUGAACGCAGAACCACAUAUAUCGCCAAAUCUUAUACACUAUUCAAAUGAAUAUUUACUAUUAGAUACACCAGCAACCUCCACAGCAAUGUCAGCAGCCGCUGAGGCCAAUGACGGCUCGAAUUCCCAACAGAUUGUGUGUAUGGACUCCUUCGUGGACGAUUCAACUUCAUUCUACAAUGAUGAUUUGGCCAUAAUGACCGAGGAAAAUCCUCUAAAGCGUUCUCAGAGUCCCCAAACUCUAAAACACAUGCAAAAGAAACGGGCCAAGUUGCGCUUAGAUACGAAGCGUCGAGCUGUCGAAGAGGGUGUGCUUGAUACUCCAGGCGUUGUUAGGUUGAUUGAUGAACAGUUAUCCUUGCCACUUAAACCGGCCCCGGAGGAAACUACCGAAGAUAUCUUCAAUAGCCUUAUCGCAUGCUCUCCACAUGAAUCCUCCGAUAGCAUUCUAACAUUUAAAUCGGAAGCGAUUGAUAUGGAUUAUAAUUCAAAUGACAUUACACCACCUUAUACACCAUACAGCGUCAAUUCCUCCAAUUCAAAUCAAACCAAUUUUUCUGGCAUUAUCAACCAGCAACCUUACUCACCUGCCCCCUCCGUAGCCACAACGUGUGCGACCACAAAACGUGGCCGAGGACGUCCAGCCAAGAUACACAGUGAUGUGCCCGAUCCUUCACAGUUGGCUCAUUUGCCCGAGAGUGAACAGAAAAAGGUAUUGGAGCGGGCCAAAAAUAAUGAGGCCAGCCGUAAAUCUCGUCUAAAGAACAAGGAACGUGAGGAGGCUAUCGAAAGGGAAGAGCGUGAUCUAAUACAACACAACAUCUAUUUGAAUACAGAAUGGCAGAAACUGUUGCGUCUAGAAAAGAAAUUGAGACGUGCUUGUAAACGGGCAAGCAGAUCAGCUCCUUAUUAGGGAAAACUCGGCAGUAAAACCCAAAAGCAGAAACACUCAGCAGUACCUAAUUUCAAAUCACCAUAAAAUAGACACAAAAGCUGCACAAUAUCAAAUAUAUACUGCAGUAGCCAUUUGGAAAUCGUUGUUAGUUGGUCAUUUUAUAAGUUUUAGAAAUAUAUAAGCAUAGCUUUUAUUUGGUUUAUAAACAAAUAUAUAUGUUUCCAAGAAAAUUAUAUUUUUAAAUCACAUGUAAUACUUUUAAGAAAAACUAAAAUGUUUUACUUUUAUUUUUUUUU